GGUCCUCCUCAGUUGGCUUUCUGUCGGUUCCGCCGUCGGCCGCUUCGCUCGAUUUUCCGAGGCCAGGAUUGACGCGCUUUCACUGUCUGGAAUACCGCUCGUCGCCGACAUCCAAGAGGAUGAAGAUCUAAGUCCACCAUGCUGGUCAUUCAAGUCAUGACGCUCUUCGCCUUGGCAGCGGCAAAAGAUUACCCAACUGGAGUGUUGGACUACUCGAAUGAAGUGGAAAAUGCUACCACAGCCUAUAUGCAAGAAGAGGAACCUCUUCGGGCUCCAACGUUUACACGAUCUUACGACCGUCUGGCCGUCGUCCCAGUUGGAAACCGUCUAAAACUCCAAUGCCUCGCCAAAGGAAAUCCUCCGGUGAAUGUUACUUGGCUAAAGAAUAAUCAACCUCCAACCAGGUUGCUCGGCAAAAAGGUUACGCUCAAAAAGGACAAGUUGUGGCUGGACGACGUCAUGGUGUCGGACAGUGGGAAUUACACUUGCAUCGCUUUUAAUUCUCAAGGCUCCAUCAACCACACGUACAUGGUUGAGAUCAAAGAGCGGCUGCCACAUCGACCCAUCUUCUACGAUACGGGCCCUACGAAUGACACCUUCCGCGUAGGCUCGACAGUGGUCCUGUCGUGCCGUGCCAUCAGCGAUCUGCAGCCGCACAUUCGGUGGGUGCGUCACUACGAGGUGAACGGCUCCUACUUCAGCGACGAAAACAAUUCAGUCCCCCAUGCGAAAACGGUUCAGAGCUCCGACCCGAAUGUGACUGACCCCUACAAGCUGGUCAUCGAGAAUGUGACGAAAUAUGAUGAAGGCUGGUACACCUGCAUCGCGGGCAACUCUGCUGGCAUCAGCACCAGGAGCUUUUACGUUAAUGUGGACGAUGGCAUAGAGUCCCAGUCAUCCAAGUGGGAAUAUUUCCGGCAGCCAUGGCUAAUCGUGCUUUUAGCCCUGUUUGGUGUGACGGUCAGCUUCGGCCUUGUCAUCGCCCUCAUCUGCAGGUCCACAUUCAUCCAGCAGAAGAAGCUGGCCCAGAAACAAAACUUUGUCAUCAAGAAGAAAGUGAUCCUGGAGCGCCACGUAACGGAUACUGGAAACUACGAGGAAUCUUCCAUAGCACCGCUUGUGAAGAUUGACUUCCAGAGGGCACCCAUCACAUCAGAAAUGAUCUCGGAAUACGAACUGCCAUUGGAUCCUUUGUGGGAAUUUCCGAGAGAAAAACUCGUCCUGGGCAAGCCGCUGGGUGAAGGCGCCUUCGGGCAAGUGGUCAAAGCUGAAGCCUAUGGCCUCGGUGGCAGGGAAGGCCCUACAGUGGUCGCCGUUAAGAUGCUCAAAGAUGGGCACACAGACAGUGAAAUGGCGGACCUCGUUUCCGAAAUGGAAGUGAUGAAGACAAUUGGAAGACAUAUCAAUAUCAUUAACCUCCUUGGUUGUUGCACGCAGGAUGGACCUCUGCAUGUCAUUGUGGAGUACGCCGCCCAUGGGAACUUGCGAGACUUCUUGAGGUCCCACAGACCGAGUUCUGGCUACGAGCCGGCUAUAGGAUCGGACUUGAAGCCAAAAACUCUUACUCACAAGGACCUGACUUCAUUCGCUCGUCAAGUGGCACGUGGCAUGGAGUAUCUCUCAGACAAGAAGUGCAUCCACCGUGACUUGGCCACAAGGAAUGUGUUAGUAGUGGAGAAAAACGUGCUCAAAAUCGCCGAUUUUGGCUUGGCGCGAGACCUGCACAACAUCGACUACUACAAAAAGAAAUCGGACGGACGACUUCCAGUGAAAUGGAUGGCUCCAGAAGCUCUCUUUGACCGACUCUACACGACACACAGCGAUGUGUGGUCCUACGGGAUCCUUUUAUGGGAAAUGAUGACACUUGGAGGUACACCAUAUCCUUCUGUACCCAUCGAAAAGCUGUUCCAAUUGCUUCGAGACGGGUACAGGAUGCCACAGCCUCCCAGUUGUUCAAAGGAUGUGUAUGACAUCAUGAAGGACUGCUGGAAGCAGAGUCCCUACAUGAGGCCGAGCUUCCGAGAAAUCGUUCUCAAACUGGACACUAUCAUCCUGUCCGCGACAAACGAGGUGUACCUGGACUUGAGCAUCCCCGUGCUGGACACCCCGCCGAGUUCAUCAGAAAGCGACACGCCACAGACUGCAGUGUGACAGUGUGUGUAUGUGCAUGUACAGACACCAUCAUCGUCUUCAUCGUCACCAUCGCUCUUGACACUUCAGUAUUCGGAUGUGAUCCUUGCGGGACACAUAUGUGCAGUAAUUUUUCCAUGCGGGUAAUAUUCGUUACUUUGACGUAAAACUUGCAAGUUGAUAUCAGUCUUCUUCUGCAAUUCAGUUGGCUAAUUUUACUAGGGGCUGAAAAGUAUUUUUUAUUCUAUACGAGCGUGACCAUUGAAAAGUGGUCUUCCCCGCUGUCACUUGUAUCGGGAAGCAAUGGAGAUUUCCACAUUGCGAUCACACGCCGAGGGACAUUGCGCGCGCCAUCAAAACACCCCAAUGAACUCUUUAUGUGAAAUCGUCCGCGCAGGAGUUUUCUUCUCGCUUUGUGAUCAUGACGUCACGGGAUUUUUUUUUUUUUUUUUUCAAUGUGAUAGAACCACUGAGCUAAACAUAAUUUGAAGCAUCACCAGGAAAGCUUGUCAUGCAUGGGUGCUGGAAGUGCACCAGAUCAUGGCUCUAUUGAUGUGUGUAAAAACUGUGAAUAGUGUUGUGCUCAUAGUUUGUGUUUAUUUAUUGUUGACGAAUGUCUUGACGUUUGAGCAUUUGUUCUCGUGUUUCAAAUAUGAGAUCGCACGUCUGUAUAUUCCGCGCAUGUGCUUGCUCGUAUGGAGCAAGAGAAGGAAUGGAACCAUGUUUUUAGUAUAGUUCAGCAUACCUGUCUUGUAUAGAUGUGCAUCGUUCAAUAUGUCGUGUCAUAGAACCCACGUGGGACGGUACUCUGUUUCGCUCAGUAGUUCCAAGUUAUGCGGUGACUUCUACCAUGGCCUAUCGCAACCAAAUAAAAGCCUCCAACUAAC